UUUUUUAUUAAAGAUAUCGUAUUAAUGUUUUAUAUUUUAAUGUAUUAAUAUUUUCGUCUAAAAAAUGUAUCUCACUCUUUCAUAAAAAAAAAUUACCGUAGUAGGUGAUACUUGAGUACCUUCAUUCGUACCAUCAGUGAAUGUUCAGUUGUUAUAUUUUAUAGUUAAUCAUAAUUUCAAUGGACGAUGAGCUCUCAAAGAAUUAUUGGAAACGCUGUGCAGACUAAAGAUUCCAACGAUUUGUGCCUUACUUCUGGCGCGAUACAUGAAACAUGUAAAAUUAAACCAAAUUCAAUACCAUGUGUAACCGAUGUUGUUCAGUUACAAAACCAGACUAAGACAAGACCGCAGGUUCCUACUGUAAAUGAAAUUGUUUUCCUUAAUAAACAAAACACUAAACCUACGGAAUGUGUAGCUUUGAAAGCCAAAGAGGUCUCCCAACGAAUUGUUAUAGAAUCCCCUGUUAAUCAAAAAGCUAGGGGGGAUGCAAAAGCGAUUGAAACUAAAUUGUUUAUCGAAAAACAGAAGAAGGAAAGAGCCAAAAAAAUGCAACUGGAUUUAUUAGAAAAACAAAAACAAAUAGAAGAACGUAAAACUAGAUUACAGCAAUUACAUAUUACUACGAAAAUGUUAGCUAAAGCUUCGGUGAAGCCAAAGGUCGCCGAUGAUCAACAAGAUAAAUGUAUUACCAGAAACAAAACGCCUAUAAGGGUAUCAUCGCCUCAAAAGCCUGAAUUGGAUCAAACAUGGUCGCCUCCAAAAAAUAUAAGCUGUGCCCAGAAAUCAGUAAAAACUAUACAGAAUGCUAUUGGAAAAUCCCCAUUAAAGUCAGAGUCGAAAAAAAUGGAUUUUUUAAUGACUAAAAAUGCCGAGACCUUACAAUCAAAUUCGCACAAAAUAACCAACCGAUCUUGCUUGCAAAAAUAUAAAAACUAUCCAGUACAACGAGAUGUCACUAAACCAGAAGUUUUGUUUUCAAAGUUUAAAUAUUUUGAAAACAUUGACGAGUUGAUAAAUGAAAAUACUUUUGUUGUUCCCCAAAUGGACUUAAGCGAGACCUCCAUAGCUGAGGAGAAACAAAAUAGUGAAAGGCGCAUCCAAGCUGCCAGAAUUAUACAGAAAUGUUUUAGGAAAUACAACGAAAGAAAGAAAAACCUUAAUUUGUAUUCAAACAAAUCUGAUUUUCAUAUCAAUUCAGCUGAUAUAUUAAAAUUAAACCCGUCCACUGUUUCAUUUGUUGGAUCUGCGAGAAAUCCUAACGAAUCGGUAGUCCUUGACGAACCGUUAAAUUUGAAAGCUAACACAUCAGAUACUCUGAGUAGAAAGGUGUGUGAAGGGUUCACUCAAACCGAUAGAGUUAGUGAUAAAAUAUUUAAAUUUCUGUCAUCGAAACAACAACCUCCUCCGAUGAAUUUUAUAUCAGUGCUGAAAUGUAAACUUCGUCUCAAACAAAUAGAACAAUCCCAAUUGGAUCCGGUAAUUCAUAGUCUAAAUGAGGACAAACACAUUCCCACGUAUACUCAUAAUCAAACAAAUAACGUUGAAAGCGAAUAUGCAGUCAAAGCAAAUAGUUCUGAUUAUUCUAAUAAACCGUGCGAUGAAGAUGUUGAUAUUAAACGUUGCUCUAGCCGCAAUAAAGAAAGAAAUUAUUUAGAAAAAUGUAAAUCGAUAAUUUGUGAUCCUGAUAAGAAACUUGAAGUAAAAAUGUCACUAAAUAAAAUAAAGAACAAAGAAAAAAAAAAUCUAGAACAGAACCACCAAUCGACUAAAAAUAUAGCUACGAUAACCAAUGAAGACACAAAGCACAUUUCAGAAGAGUUCAACUUUGACUUUCCAAAUAAAAAUGAGCGUUGGACCAAGACUAAUUAUAAUAGCUGCGUUAAUCUAAAACCCAAUCAAAACCAAUCGACACCUGACAACUACUCUUGGCGACCUUUUAACGAGAUUCAUGAUGAAUUUCAAGCUGAACUGGACACUCUCAAUAAUCUAAACGAAUCUUUAUGCAAUAUAGAAAAUAUGAGCUGUAACACAUCGUUUGAGUUUAAGGAAACGCUUCAAAAAGUCGACAAUAGCGUACUCGAACGUUACUCUUUUCCCAAGAGAGUAAAAAAACAGUGUUUGGAUUCAAAUAUUGAUUCGGCCUUAACAAAUCUAAACAUUUUAACAUCAAAUAUGACGAACGUGGAUAAAACAAUAACAGGGGUUUCCAUACAAAUGUUCGAACAGUUUAUCAAAGAUGUGGAACUCAGGGUACAGCAACAUCACACUAUUCUUCAUUUGAGGGAGAAAUGUUUAUCUAAUCGUUUGAAAUGGAAAAUUACUAUGUGUGAUUUACAAAUGAAAUAUUUAAAAAAUCGACCGGGACAAGAAAAACAAAUACAACUAUUAAAACAGAAACAAAGGAGUAGUGUUAAAAAACUUGAACACGCUAUAUCUCAAGUUAAACUACUUUCUAAACUAAUAGAGUCGCUUUACAAACAACAAAUUUGUAUGCUCGAGGAACAAAUUCAGUAUUUAAAACUGCAGUCGUCUUCCAAGAAAGUAAUAGGUAAACUUAAAAGUUUAGAUCAUUGUUCAAAAAAAAACGAAACGGCUCGUCAGAAGUUAAAUUUAGAUGCCUCGAAUCGAUAUUUAAAUAUUAAAUUCCAAGAAAGCGAUGAAGUUGAUAUGAAUUUGAGUGAUUCGAGUAAUGCGUUAAAACAGACAAAAAAAAUGCGAUCAACAGAUAUUAAUGAAAUUCAAUUUUCGGAUCAGUGCUGUUCACCUAUUUUUUUUGAAUCAAAACACAAUGUUGAAAGUAUUCAAGUACAAACUGACAUCCGAUGGCCAAUGCAGAUCGAAGGUAUAUUGAAUAAAUCUGUGCAAACGUCAACAGUGAAUAGUGGCAAUAUCAGUGAAAAUAACGAGGAUUUAUCUGAAUUCAUAUGUAAGAAUACGUCAAUGAUUCUACCUAAAAGUAAUUCUGAUAUAUCGGCUGACCAUCAUUCGGAUACUUCAUCUAGUUCGGACCGAGAAGAAUUGAACUUUCGUAUUAAGACUUUAAAAAAAACACUUGAAGAUAAAAAACUGGAAUCUAAUCGUUUGAAAAAAGAACAAAAAAAAUUAAAACGAGAAAGUCUAAAAGUUAUAGAGAGAGAACUACUUAGAGAAAUAGAAGUGUACAACAAACAAAUUGAAGACUCGAAAAAAAAAAUUGUAGUUGAAGUGGAAAGAAAUAACAUUGAAGUUAUCAAAUGUCUUUCAGUAUGUAGUGCUUCGCCUGACCACUCAGUCGCGCUUCAGCGAGUUUUACAUAAUGAAUCCAAGAAGUCAUCUAACCACUCUUGUUCAGAUGAAGAUGUCUGUCCAGAAGUAUCAGAACCGUUCACUAAAGAGCCGCUGUUGUCUAAUCAACAAGUUUGUGAAGCACCGAAUCACGUAUCAGCUCAUUCCGAUGAAAAUCUUGAUACUUAUGCGUCCAGCUUAGAAAGCGAUUGUGUUUUAAUAAAGUCCGUCAAUCAACUAUCGUCUCAGACACCGAGCUCAAUUCAGUUAGAAAUUCAACAACAGCUUUUAUUGAAAAACAAUUUUGCCAACGACAAAUUUCUUGGUGUUAAAAAUGAAAAUCCUAUGACUGCCGAGUGUUCCACGCAGACAGUAGAAAAAAUAAAAGACAACAUUGAACAAAUCCAUAAUUUUGAGCCGCCCUUGGAUUUAAAUGCAAAAGUGCUUAUUGUGGACAACUUAUUGGUUAAUCAUACUGAAGACGGCAAUUGUAAUAAUACAGUCGGUGCGCAAAGACAGCUUUUCAACAAAGAGUUGACCUCAAACGAAAGUGAUGUUGAAAAUAAAAUUGAAACUAGUUAUUUAAGUGAAGUCGUCGAUUAUGGCUCUAAAGUAACAGAUGAAGAUUUAGAAUGUUUGGAACUAUCAAAAAACGAAACAACAAUCGAUGAAAGUUAUAGUUCUGAUUUCACGUCGGACAGUUCUACUUCGGACAUACCUUUACCGGAAGAGCCUUCCAACUAUAAUGAUAAGUCAACGUGCGUAUCUGAUAAAGAAUCAUCGUACGAAGAAGACAGAAGUGAAGGAGACAUAAUAUUUGAAGAUAAAACGUUUAUUGAGCAACAUUUUGAAGAAUCUAAGAUUCCAGGAGAACCGCACAGAACGGAUGGAAAGUUGCUACACAAUACGUGUGAAGCCGACAAUAUAACCAACAAUAUCUUGAACGGUCUUGUCAAAGAGACAAAACGAGUGUUGCAAGAGAAUAGGAAUAAAGCAUCGCCGUACAAGAAAGGUGGCAAUGACUUGAAUGACUUGACCGAUGAAACUCCGUUGUUGCUUACUCUACAACGAGAAAGAGAACAUCAGAAUUAUAUCGUUCUUAACGAACAUGCUACAGUCAUUACGGCCACGCUUUUCAAACGACACUUCCACAGUCUCAUUUCACAUACAGUCGGUGCUUACAUAGUAAAUUUAAAUGAAGCACAACUCGAAAGGCUAUUUCUUUACUUAAAAUGGUUGUGCAACGCUAGAAAAAAAUUGAAACCGCCCGAACAUCUGACAAGACAACACACAACUAACAAUAUGGAGAAUGGUGACGGGUUAUUCGAAAUAUACUAUCAAAAAUAUAGAAAACAACAGAAAAAAAACCAAAUCGGCUUUGCUACCAUUGAUAAAUAUCAUAAUGAUCCUAAAGAAAUUCUUAGCCAGACGCUACAGGAAGCGGAAAAAUUGAAGUUGGAACAAAUGCGCAUCGAAGAAGAAAUUGAACGACUUCGGAUGUCGGAUGAAGAUCGGUUUUAUCUGCGACAAAUACCCAAUAAACCACCACCUCCAUACAAGAGUCCGACAAAGACUACGGCUAUGCCAGUCGUGGACUUGCCGUACACUACUGAAGAAGUGCACCGAUUGAUAACGAUAGCAACCAGUCGCUUGAUGGAUAACGUUAACGCUACAAUGCCGGAAGACUUCGUAAGCAAAAACGAUUCCAAGCAGCAUGUCGACCAAAAGAUGUUUGUUUUUGACUACUGCAAGGAGAUAGCGCAUAGCGUGUUCGAUAGAAAUGAAGAACCAAUACCCGUUUGGAUGAAAACCGGACUAAAGUUAAACAAGUUUCGAGUGACACCAAAGAGCGCCAAAGAGUUUCAUGAUCUUGUGGUGCAGACGAUGGAUCGAGUCGUAGAUGUAGAUGACUCGGAGGAAAAGGUCAACAGAUUUGUAGCAAAACAGAUGUACGAAGAGAAUAGCAAGUGGACCGAUUUUGAAUUGGACGAAGUAGAAAUAAAAAACGAUGUUGUUCAGAGCCUGAUGGAAAAACUGAUUUGUGAUACGAUAGAAAACAUGAAGACUACUUUUAAUGUUAAGUUUAAAUAAUUGUACAAUAGUUUAGAUUUUAGCCACAUGAAUUUGGACCGUCGUCCAUUAACCGUCGUUAAUGGUCGACGGACAAUUAUUUAUUUAAUUUUUAAGAUAAAUAUUUUUUUUUAUAAUUUUUUAUACAAUUUAAAAAAAUGUUUGACUGCUGGAAUGCACUUUAAAAAACAUUAUUAAUUUUUUUUUCUCACAAAGCGUGUUUGUUUAUUUGUGUAAAACGUGUGUGUUACCUGACUUGUGACAAUAUGCAAACUUAUUUUUGUACGAAUAAACUUAUUUUUGAAAGAAAACAUGCCCAUCUUCCAGUU